ACGAGCGCCGGUGUGCGACCAUUGAGGGCCAAAACCCCAAUCCGGUUUCCUCUUUCAAGUUUGGGAAUGAAAGUUCAAAGCACAAUCGCAGUGUAGUGUGGAAACCCCCGAAGGGCUUUAACUGUGAAUCUGUGACAUGGUGAGAUAUGUGCAAAUGGGAAUACUUUCGUCUGCAGCCGGUGGAUUAAUGUAGAGCGUGGCGCCCGCAUUUCGGUUGUGUGAACUUGAAACGUGGCAUUCGGCAAGGACUGAACCGUGGUCAUAGACCAGGUGGAAUGUCGAGAAUCGAAACGCUUUUUAAUAUCGCAUCACGUUGCAUAAAUAACCAGUUCAAUGUCACGUGCAGACAACAGUCAGAGCCUUGAACCAGCAUCGCUUCCAUAAUCAAACGACGACGAGGACGACAACGACGGAAGACCAUGACCAUAAAGCGGAAUCUGGGAAAAAUCGAAACAACAUACAGAACAGACCAACCGUAAAAUACCGUCAAAUCAAAAAGUGCUCUUCUGGUGACCGAGUUCGAAAAUAAUUCCACACUCGACGCUUGUCCGGCCGGAUUAUAAGAUCGAUAGGGAUUUUAAUUUAAAAUUAUCACAACCCAAUCUACGGUUGGAUCACACGUUUGUUCACGGUGGGUUUUCAAGCCAGCUUUUAAACACAAAAGAGGAAACACCCCGUGUGUUGGUAAGCCGCCAGUGUCCGAUAGCUGUCGAAGCAUUGAUUGGCCGUUUGUAUGGGCAUCCGGUUGAAAACUGGACAAACACACAAACCGCCGAUUCCAGCGUCGGAUUGCACCAGAACGAAGAUGAAAGUGUUCGAUAUAAUGAGCGGGAAAACGACCUCCCUGGGCGGUGCUUCCCAUCCGUUGGAGUUCAACUGGUCCUCAGAUGUGGUCAACGUGCAGGUGGAAGGUGAACCCAUACAGGAAGUGGUCCCAGCGAAAAAGACGCCUGCCACACCGAGGGCUGUUCGGAAGGAAAUCAUCUCGCGGCGAUCCUCGCCCUCGAUUGCCAACUCAUACUCCCGGCCGUCCAACAAUUCUGACAUGCUGGCCCCGGAGCGGAACCAACGAGUGACCAUGUACGGUUGCGUCAUGUUCAAUCCCAACUCAAGGAAAGGCCGCCGGUUGUUUAUGUGCCACAUGCUUGUGGUGCUUCUGGUCCCGAUCCUGGCCGUGGUGCUGCAAAACAGCGUCAAUCUGCGGCAGCAAAUGAUGAAAUACGAGACGACGAAACGUGUGGACGACGAGAUCCGAAUGACCAUCAACAUGACCCAACUUGUGCGGGUCGUGCAGAAUGAGCGCAAGCUACUGACCUAUUUUGUCCUGACUGGAAAGAAUCGGGCCGCCGUCGAGAAGGCCUUCAUCGAGACGGACCGGGUCCUAAGUGGACUGAUUGCCCUCAACCAGCAGUGGGACAUCGAGUUCAACGAGAGCUCCAAUCAGACCAUCGCCGGAGAUCUGAGCGAAACCAGGGAUUUGCUGCUAAGGCCCGACUCUCCAGCAGAGAACCUGAACACUUCGAUAGCGCUGUACUUCGAGCCGUACAAUGAACUGAACCGUCACAUGAUUGACCAGAUCAGUCAGAGCGUAGGGUACUCGUUGAGCGGCGUAGUUUGGCGACAGCUCGUCGUGUACAAGAACAUCAUCGAAGCCAUAGAGAACAUCAACAUAGCCGCCAUCUUGGUUCUACAGUUUAUCAAACGAAGUCGUCUUGGGUUGGACGACUUUGCGCAGUUUGUCCGCAGGGAUGCUGCUGCGAUGGAUCAUCUGAGGUCUGCGGAAAACUUCAUGGCGAACCUAGAACUCACCAAAAGUAAAGAGUACGCCAUCUUGAGCAAGUGGCGCCAUCAGCUUUUGACCAACGCCUCGACCGCUGGUAGGGAGGAAGGCCUGGCAGAAUACUACCAAUCGGUGAACAAAUUUAUCCAGAAUAUGCUGGCCCUCCAGGAACACCUGCAGAGGGUAGUUUUCCAAACGGUUGAUCAGGAGAUGCGUGACGCAAGACUCUACCAGACAAUCUCCAUCGUUCUCGUGCUCACGAUCAUCGUCAUCAGUCCGAUCCUGGUCAUCCUGGUUCGGAACGCUACGGACACAAUUCAGGAUUUCUCGAAGGAGCUGGUCACCCGAACACUGGAGCUUCGGUGUGAGAAAAGCAAAUCCGACCGGCUGCUCUACCAGAUGCUUCCUCCGGCGGUUGUUCGGCAACUAAAGCAGCAACGCCAGGUCCCGGCGGAGACCUUUGAAUCGGUUACAAUCUUUUUCAGUGACAUUGUAGGUUUCACGUACAUCUCGGCCGUCAGUACCGCGAUGGAGGUGGUCACCAUGUUGAACACCCUAUACCGUCUGUUCGACACCAUCAUCCUAAAAUACGACGUCUACAAGGUGGAAACGAUCGGCGACGCGUACAUGGUCGUUUCGGGACUUCCGCAGCGAAACGGCGACAAGCACGCCGGAGAGAUUGCGAUGAUGUCCCUGGAUCUACUGUGCGGUAUCUCCGGAUUCAUCAUUCCGCACAUGAAGAACCGAACGCUGGAGAUUCGCGUAGGCGUCAACACGGGACCGUGCGUUGCCGGAGUGGUCGGAACGACCAUGCCACGGUACUGUCUGUUCGGGGACACGAUCAACACCGCGUCCAGGAUGGAAUCCACCGGUGAACCAAUGAAGAUCCACCUCUCGGAGAACACCAAGGAGAUUCUGGACAAGUUGGGCGGGUUCAAGAUCAAGCGCCGCGGCACGAUCGAAGUCAAGGGCAAGGGAACCAUGGAAACGUUCUGGCUGGUGGGUCACACGAUCUACGAGCACCUCUCGCCCGAUACAGUCAUUCCGAUCUACAAACCAGACGUGGUGACCGAGCCGGACUUUCUGCAGAUCAUCUACUGACUAAGCGCCUCCGCCGAUGACCCGUUGAUGGGAGGUCAAGGCUUGGGGUACCACGGAAUAUAGAGAUUUCUUUACUUUUAUUGUGGGGAACUGAAUGGAACGAACUUUGCUGUAAAUUAGAUGGAUGUCUUUUUGAUGUGUGAGUGUGAGUGCUGUAUCACUGAUGAUGAUGAUGAUCCUUUUACAAUGUUUCUGUAGGGAAGCAUAGUGUUGCAUUAGAGGGUCCAAAUUUACCUGUUUCAAGAAACCGUAGAAUGUGUAGUUCCUUGAAUGGCUGUUGUAGUUAUAAAUAGAUGUUUUAUGCUAUGAUGUUUAGAAA